GUAUCAACAGAGGUUCACAACACACCACAAUGGUAGCCUUAGAAAGGAAAAGAAAGGUCGAAGACGGCGAAGCCGGUGCAAGAAAGAAGUUGAAAUCUUCUUUCACCACCGCCUCUUUUAUUUUACAUUCAUAUUCCAAGUUACCUGAUAUCAAUGAAAUGCCUGUUGCCAAAUCCACUCCUCUUGAUAUAUUUGUGUGGGGUACCGGUUCCAUGUGUGAACUUGGAUUAGGACCUUCUUCCAAGAACAAAGAAGUCAAGAGACCAAGAUUGAACCCAUACUUGACUGAAGAAAAGCUCAAUGGUACCAAGAUUGUUGAUUUCUCCGUCGGUGGAAUGCACACUUUGGCUGUGGAUGGCAAGAGUAGAAUCUGGUCCUGGGGAGGAAAUGACAGUGGUGUUUUAGGUAGAGAUACCUCCAAAGCCAAGGAAGUGUUGAAAGACAUGGAUGGUGGCGACAGUGAUGAUGAUGACGAAGAUGGUGAUUUGAAUGAAGCCGAGUCAACUCCAGGGUUAGUGGAAAACUUACCCCAUGAUUCCCAAAUCGUUCAAGUUGCCGCUACUGAUAACUUGAGUGCAGUUUUGUUUGCCAAUGGAGACGUGUACGCCUGGGGGUGUUUCCGUUGUAACGAAGGUUUAUUGGGGUUCUUACGUGAUGAGAUCAAGAUUCAAAAAACUCCAUUGAAAAUCAAAGAAUUGAAAAACAUUGUUCAAUUGGCCGCUGGUAAGGAUCAUUUGCUUGCCCUUGAUUCCAAGGGAAUUGUCUAUGCCUGGGGUAAUGGUCAACAGUUCCAACUUGGACGUAGAAUCUUGGAAAGACACCGUUACAGAGCUUUGGAGCCACAACAAUUUGGAUUAUACAACAUCAGGUAUAUUGCCAGUGGAGACUUCCAUUGUUUUGCCAUUGAUCAUAACGACAAGGUGUAUGCCUGGGGUUUAAACCAGUAUGGUCAAUGUGCGUUGACCGAUUCCAAGGGUAGAUUGGAAGAUGGGUCUAUUAUCUCCAAACCUACAUUAAUUCCUGAAUUGUCUUACAAGGGUAUUAAAGAAAUUGUCGCUGGGGAACACCAUAGUUUGGCUCUUACUGCUGACGGUGAUGUAUAUGCAUGGGGAAGAUACGAUAUGAAGGAAGUUGGUAUUCCUAAGGAUAAAUUACCAGAAUCUACAUUUAAAGAUCAACACGGGAACCCAAGAUCAGUGCCUACUCCUACCAAACUUCAGUUUGGGGGUAAAGAAGGUAUUAAGAUUAAGGCCAUUGGUGCUGGAUCACAUCACUCGUUUGCCGUAACUGAUGAUGGAUUUGUAUACUCGUGGGGAUUUGCUGAUACUUAUGGACCAGGAUUGGGGCCAUUGGACGAAGAUGUUGAAAAGCCAACUAGAAUCGUCAACACUGCUACCAAGAAUGAAGAUAUUCAUUUGAUUGGUGCUGGAGGACAGUUUUCAGUUAGUGGAGGGGUUAAAAUUGAAGAUGAAGAUGCUGCCGAAGAUAGAAUCGACAAGUAUGAUGAGUUGGAUGAGCAGUAAAAUGCUAGCCAACCUGACAUUAUUUUGAAGAACAAUUAAAAAAAAACAGUGUAUAAUUAGUUAUCAAUGUAUAUUAAUAGUGUAAUUCUCGUUAAACUGGGUAGAAGUUGGGAUAAGAUGAAUUAGUCUUGAGAUGAGGAAGUAGUGACAC